UGCCAGUCCAUGUGCGGUCACACUGAUGACAAAUCGUUUUUAUCAAGCGAUAUUGGGAACUAACUUUCGAGUUUGCAUAUGUGUAUGCAUAUGUAUAUUUAAUUAAGUUUUGGUUUUGUCUGAUACACAAGAUGAUUAUUACAAUUAAAAAUCUUCAACAGCAAACUUUUACUAUUGAGUUUGCCCCGGAAAAAACGGUUUUGGAACUGAAGAAGAAAAUAUUCGAGGAGCGCGGUCCAGAGUACGUCGCCGAAAAACAAAAACUGAUCUACGCUGGCGUCAUAUUGACGGAUGACCGCACCGUUGGUUCAUACAACGUUGAUGAAAAAAAGUUCAUUGUGGUAAUGUUGACACGCGAUUCGUCUAGUUCAAAUCGUAAUCAACUUAGUGUAAAAGAAAGUAAUAAAUUGACUAGCACCGACGAUUCAAAGCAAUCUAUGCCUUGCGAAGAAGCCAACCAUACCAAUUCGCCUAGUUCCACAAAUACAGAAGAUUCAGUUUUAUCACGUGAAACCAGACCUUUAUCUAGUGACGAAUUGAUUGGCGAGUUGGCCCAGGCUUCCUUACAAUCGCGCGCUGAAUCUAAUUUGCUUAUGGGUGACGAAUACAACCAAACAGUCCUAUCAAUGGUGGAAAUGGGUUACCCAAGAGAGCAGGUUGAACGUGCGAUGGCUGCUAGUUAUAACAACCCGGAAAGAGCCGUUGAAUAUCUCAUUAAUGGCAUACCUGCAGAGGAAGGUACUUUUUACAAUAGGCUGAAUGAAUCAACGAAUCCUAGUCUAAUCCCCUCCGGACCGCAACCUGCGUCGGCAACCUCUGCCGAGCGUUCAACAGAAUCAAAUUCAGACCCCUUUGAAUUUUUACGUAGCCAGCCACAGUUUCUUCAAAUGCGAUCUUUAAUUUAUCAAAACCCUCAUCUUUUGCAUGCAGUAUUGCAGCAGAUUGGUCAGACAAACCCAGCCCUUUUACAACUUAUUUCGGAGAACCAAGAUGCGUUUCUCAAUAUGCUUAAUCAACCGAUUGACCGCGAAUCGGAGUCAGGCGCCACCGUUCCUCCCGUUUCGAAUGCGCGGAUUCCUUCAACUUUGGACAAUGUUGACCUCUUUUCUCCAGAUUUAGAAGUAGCUACUUCAGCACAAAGAUCAGCCGCGGGUACAAGUGCAGCACAUCAAAGCGGUAGCGCAGCGGAUAACGAAGACUUGGAACAACCUUUAGGAGUAUCAACCAUUCGUUUAAAUCGCCAAGAUAAGGACGCAAUAGAACGGCUAAAAGCUCUUGGAUUCCCAGAGGCCCUUGUACUGCAAGCGUACUUCGCUUGUGAAAAGAACGAGGAACAAGCAGCUAAUUUUUUGCUAUCGUCUAGCUUCGAUGAUUAGGAUGACAAAAUGUAAGAAGUUAUGCAAAUAACACCGGAAGCGUUACAUUUAAAGUUAGAUGUUCUUAAAUUAAAUGUAAAAUGUCGAUCAUAAAAAUUCUUUUAUAUUCUUUUAAUACCGUCGGCGUAUUGUACUUGUUAUUUGUUAAAAAUUGCAGCCAUGGGUAAAAUAGAGUUACGAUGUCAUUUUUACUAAAUAUUUCACCACGACAUUGUCUUCAGCAUAAGACUGCAAAUGUCUACAAAUUUAUCUGUGCCAAUCCAUGGUAGGGAGGCCUUGGAUUAGGCCUUCACCUAAUGGAUGGCAAAGUAUAUUUCUAGUGUGUGUAUUUCUAGUGUAUAUGCAAUACACACAUUAAUUAUUUUAAGGUCGUAUUAAGCUAAAGAAGUCUUAUGAUUUAUUCUUUCCUUAUCUUGGUUGAUUUAUAAAAUAUUUUUUUGACUAGUGGGAGUCCACAAUUAAGUCACUUAACACAUAAAGUACUUUUUGUCGUCCUGGAUGUUGGACAUAUGACUAAAAUAUAUUAAUCAUUGUAUUACAUAAAUUUCGUGUUUUUUUAUUGUAAAUAAUGUCCGCAAUUAUGCCCUAAUAAGCUGUGGCGUCUCUUUGGUGAUUCCUUUCAGGAUGAGUCGG